AUGACGGUGCGCGACUCGAUGGGAGUCGACUUGGGCCAGCCAACGUUCCCCACCAAGUCGGGGGUUGGGACGUGGGUCGAUGUUGACACGCCAGCGCAUGCCCUACGCAAGAAAUCGUCUCGGGGCGACGAGUGGACCCUCGUCAUGAGCGAUGAGUUCAACCGGGACGGUCGGUCGUUUGUUGCUGGACAAGAUCACUUAUGGACGGCAUUGAAUAUUCCCGAUGGCGUGAACGAUGCCGUCGGGUGGUACAAUUCGUCCAAUGUGUUUACGCUCAACGGGCGCCUCGUGAUCCGCGUCGACGAAGGGCCGAGGAACGCCACGUACUUUAACCAGUGGCUCGAGACACCCGCGAUGGAAACGCGCACGAUGCACUACACGGGGGGCAUGGUGCAGUCGUGGAACAAGUUUUGCAUCCAAGGGGGGCUCAUCGAAGUCUCGGUCAAGCUGCCCGGGGCGGUCGACGCCAAGUCUUGGAAUCCUCAUGUUCGCAAGAGACUCCAGGCCACCGACCCGAUCACGGACGUUCGGUUCUACCCCACAUGGCCGGGGGUAUGGCUCAUGGGGAACUUGGGCCGCGCCCUCUUUUCUGGCUCCACGACGCGGAUGUGGCCGUGGAGCUACAACGAAUGCGACGCCACGUUAGCGCCACACCAGGCGAUCAAUGCGUGCAAUGCAACCCCUGGUUACGGACUGAAUCCGUACCAAGGACGAGGCGCCCCGGAACUUGACGUCUUGGAAGGUGGCGGCAAAGGCAUCUCGACGUCGCUGCAGGUGGCCCCUGGUAUGCCCGAACCGUAUCGCACACUGUCCCCGAUCACGAUGGCGCCGUACUACGACACGUGGUUUUGUUACUACGUCAAGACGUGCCGCACUCCCGGCGCCAACAUCCCGGACGCCCCCACGAGUGCAUAUGCCCAUCGACCGUAUAAAACGUGGUACCAAAACCUCCGCUACGCUGCAAACCACCGGUGUCCAUCCAAGUCGUUCCUCAUGCAAUCGGUGGACGAGGUCGUCGGCGCCCGUGGCAACAUCACGUCCAACACGUUUGACAAGACACAAAUGAGCGCGAGCGAAGACGUCCAUGCCGACUUGGGCUUGAUGGACGAGGCCGGCCACCGGUGGGGCAUCAACUCGAACGGGUCGAUGUGCUUUGCGUUUUUGAACGGGUACACGGGGACAUUUCUGUGCGACCCAGACAGUUCCAACCCGAAAUGCGCGUCGCCCCGUCGGCCAGGCGUCGGCCCGACAAACCAAAUGGACCCGUUUGCAUACCAAAUGGAUGCGAUCUCGGCAAAUUGGAACAUCAACUUUGAAGCGUACACGAGGUUGAACCAAUACUCGUUAGAGUGGGUGGCGGGGCCCGACGGCUACGCUCGAUGGAUGCUCGACGACAACCCACUCUUCGAAGUCCCGGCCGCAUCGCUCGUGAACGUUCCUCAAGGCGGCCCGAUUCGAAACCCGACCAAAUUGAUGGUCGAAGAGCCGCUGUACUUGAUUUUCAACAUUGCUGUCGCCAAGUCGUGGGGUGCCCAACCUCCCAAUGUCAACAUUGGACCGUGUCGAGGCAAUGCAACGCACCCCCCCAAGUACUCUGCGGCGUGGAAUCUAUCCAACAACAUUUGCAAUUCGUUCCCGAUGUACAUGGAGAUCGAUUUCAUCCGAAUUUACCAAGACGAAUCGCGCAUGUCGGUGGGGUGCGACCCCCCCAGUCACCCCACAAAGGAAUGGAUUGCUGGCCACAUGGACCAGUACACAGACGACAAGAACCCAGACAUACCCGUCGCAGGGCGGGCAACAUGUCGUACAGAUGCCGACUGCACUACAACCGGGAUGGCCGCGACGGGACUCUGCCGACGGGGCCGAUGCAAAUGCCUUCAAAACUAUGGCGGUCCACGCUGCACCAAGUUUUGCCCAGGGCCGCUUCGUGGACCCACAAGAGUGCAUGGCUUGAUCCUGGUGGGGUCGUGUGUCGCAGUGCUUACAGUCACGUGCGUGCUGCGGGUGAGUCGAUUGCGCCUUGCCAACCUCGACGCCCAUCACCGGCGAGUGCUGGGCCUGAGUGCAGCUGAAGAUGACAUGGACAGUUGCGACGAGGACGAUGAAAAUAUGGACGACGACCACCAAGAAAAGUCGCAUCACUUCUGACUUCGUCGCGUCAUUUCAACGUGCGAUCCAAUGCACACUAGAGAAGUCUUUCAAUGCAUAUGCGAU